AUGGUCCGAUCUAGAAAGGUCUGCGAAUUUGGAUUAUUCAUCAUUAUGAAAGAGUUUGAAAUCAUCUUAAAUGUUCCUAUGGAAUGUGAAAAAUGUGUAGAGGCUGUCACCAAAGCAUUGACUCCUUUGAAAUUAUCUUCAAUCAAUGUGGAUCUUGAGCAAAAUAUCGUGGCUACAAAAGGUGGUGUUGCACCUUCUACCAUAGUUAAGACUAUUCAAGAAACUGGUAAAGAUGCUAUCAUUAGAGGUACUGGACAACCUAAUUCUGCAGCUGUAUGUAUCUUAGAAUCAUUCGAUGAAAAAGAUUAUCAUGCUCCAGUUAAAGGACUUGCUAGAAUUGUCAAUGUUAAUGAUACUGAACUUUUCAUUGAUUUGACAGUUAACGGUUUACCUAAAGGUACUUAUUAUCCUUCAAUUAGAAACAGUGGGAACUUAUCCGAAGGAGCUUUAUCCACAGGUGAUGUUUAUUAUCCAUUGGAACCAAUUGAAGUCACCACUCCAUCUUCAUCAUCCACAAUCAUUGAAUCCUUAGGUGCUUCUAAGACUCCAGGUUUUUCAGGUCAAUCAUUCUUAUAUGCUCAAUUAACUGUUGGUGAUUUGAUUGGUAGAUCUGUGGUUUUAUCAGCAUUAAAAGACAAGGUCACUAAAGAUUCCUUGGUAGGUGUUAUAGCUAGAAGUGCUGGAGCUUGGGAAAAUAGUAAAAUGGUUUGUAGUUGUAGUGGUAAAACUGUUUGGGAAGAAAGAAAAGAUGCUUUAUCCAAGGGAUUGAGGGGUUGA